CUUGAUCAUAAUGUUCGAGAGUUUUCCAAAACCAUCUCUGCACUACUCUCACUCUACCAGAAAGUGUUCCAAGCCAAGCCCCUGCGAGUCGCUACCUCGACAACAACGGCUCAAGGAAAAUGUCGAAAGUUGCUCUUGACAGCAUCCAAGCUCUCACGUUCUACAAUGAUGCCCUGACUACGUCAAGACGGGGAUCGGCUCUUCCUCAGCUUGUAUGUGUAGGGAAGGCCUGUAGUCUCUUCACCCCCGAUGUUGUUCGGUGCCUUAAUGUUGGUGGGAGGGGCAGUGAAGUUGACUGGAAGUGUGAGACGGAUCUUCCUGAGAGGCUGCGGUUAGGGAGGGUGCAAGUAUCUUGUGAAGGCUGGUCUGGUCCAGGAGAUUCGAAUAUCCUCAAAGGCUCCUGCUCCCUUGAGUACCGCCUCCUCGAGAUCUCAAAAAACUUAUCUGGCGACGGACAUGGGCCUCGAAUUGGCAGUUGGUUUACCGUGGACAACUUCCUCACCGUGGCGUUCUACGCCAUUUUCAUCUGUGUUCUCUACAUUAUUCUGAAGCCUUGCCUGAGCAGCUACUUCUCAUUAGGCUCGUGGACAAGUCGACGUCCAGGUGCACCACCACCGUCGGGUCAUGGCUGGAUGCCAUUCAACUCCCGUCCUCACGACAACCCUCCGCCCCCAUACAGUAAAUAUCCGACCAACUCCUCGCGGUCGGACCCUGCCACUCGAGAUGGCCCAGGCUUUUGGACUGGCAUGGCGCUCGGCGGUCUGGGUACCUAUAUGCUCAAUAACCGUACAAGGCGAAGUGAACCAAGUCAGUAUGACUGGGAGCGCGAACGAUUUGUAGGAAACAGACCGUUGCAUAGUACUGCUCAACCAUCGGGCGUACGACCUUCGAGGUCCUCCUAUGAGGAUCGAGGGGAAGGAUCGUCGAAUCUCGGCUCCAUCAGACGAAGCACAGGCUAUGGAGGGUCGAACGUGAGAUGAUGCCUGGAGGAUUUUUGCGGACAUUGGUCGGGAUUUUCGACUUAGCUAACUUAGUUCCUUGUGACCUUGUGACUAGAUAUAUAGCACAAUUCUACGGCUGAUCCUAAUUAUCCGGACG